GCGCGCCGCGCAGUCCCGCCCCCUCCUUCCUGCGGCGCUCUAGGGACCAUGGCCGAUCCUCGCGUGAGGCAGAUCAAGAUCAAGACCGGCGUGGUGAAGCGGUUGGUCAAAGAAAAAGUGAUGUAUGAGAAAGAAGCAAAGCAGCAAGAAGAAAAGAUAGAAAAGAUGAAGGCUGAGGACGGUGAAAACUACGCCAUUAAGAAGCAGGCAGAAAUCCUGCAAGAGUCCCGGAUGAUGAUCCCAGAUUGCCAGCGCCGGUUAGAGGCUGCAUAUACUGAUCUUCAGCAGAUAUUAGAAAGUGAAAAAGACUUGGAAGAAGCCGAGGAGUAUAAAGAAGCCCGUGUAGUUCUGGAUUCAGUGAAGUUAGAAGCCUGAAGUUUUGCUGUACAGGGUGUUUUUUGCAUUAAAUCCUGGGGUCCACUCUACAAUUCAUUAUUUUUGGCCACUGCUGUGUUUAGUAAUAUGAAAAUGUGGUUCUUUUUAUGCAGUUGCAUAUAUUUUUCUUUGCAUAACUUAAUGUGUCAAAUGAAUGAGUUCAUCUAAUAAAAUUGUUUAUUUCAUACUUUACAAAAAUUUCAGUUGGCCACUUAGUUAAAUGGUUGUUCAUUAAGUCACAUAGGUGUUUUUGACAUAUGUCACUUUCUAUCUGAAGGUUAAAUAUUGUAAUUGUAGACUGGUUUAAAAAUAGAGUACAUCAGCUGGGGAGACCAGGGAGGAGUCUGUCUGUGCGGAUGUGGGAGCCCAUGUCCCUGCUGGGCAGACUUCUGGUGCGGCCUUUGGGCAAAGUGGCGCCCACACCCCUGUGGGUAACCCCCCACUUUUACUCUCUGUAAGAGUUCCCAAUAAACUCAUGGGUUCCCCAGCUUGAA